AUGACGAUGACGAUGAUGGACAAGAGACAACGGCGGAGAGAAUGUCAGCGGAGCCUUGUGUUCCAGGCAACGGCCAUACCGCUAUUGCAAACAGUCUUAUUAACCCUCGUAGUGAAACUAUCACGAGUAAGCACUGUGUCGUUGCUACAAGAACGUCUCAUCCGUAAGAUUGUGGUGGAUAAGCAACCCUACUUCGUACUCGGCCAUGGUCUAGAUUCUUUAGAGAACCACGCAGAGACCUUGUUCGACUAUUUCUCCAUAGUUCGUCAAUCGGUGAUCGACAAACGCCCUCAAGACAGCGGCCCUAUUACCGACUUGAUGAUACGCUAUAUCAUGACCGUUUCUUGGCAGAAGAUGCACCGGUGCAUCAAUGACCCGCUUUCUGUGUCAAUUCUCUAUCGCUCGAAGAGUAUUUCUGGCGAAGCUAUCCAGCGAUGCUUUGCAGCGAGGUGGCCUGACGACGCUCCCUGGGUUUCAUCCAAGAAGGAUCAUGUACUUGGUAGAUGUUUCCCGAUUCAUUUCAAAUUCAUGAUCAACAAAAAAUACCCGGGACUACCCCAAGUCGAUGGCAAAAAACUGCGCCGAAAAAUCAUGCAGCGUCCAGCAGGCACUGCAGCUGAAGAAUUGGCCGAGUCCGCGUUGGCCACAAUGCGAUCUGCCAUCACGAGCCUCAAUCAUGCUUCCAAUCUGCUCUGUCGGUUUGCCACUUCUGAGAUGCUUGCCUUACACCUCCAGACAUUGACCGCAGACCCCAUGCGCGCGCUCUUGCCAGUAGACCUGCCGCUCCCGGGGACACUCAAUGCUGACAAGGGAACAAAAGUUGGCGUUGAUGGAACCCAAAUCCAUGAAUCCAGGACCGCAGAAAAUAUCGUUGAUUUCUACUCCAGGUGGUUUCAAUCACAGAGUAGUCACCCGAUAGCUUUGUUUCAGUUGGCAAAACAUCCCCGUUGUUGGAGCCAGAAUCCGAUUUUGGACAACCUCAGCGUUUCUCUUCUUGCCAUAAGGCCCUCCACAUCUGCAAACGAAGCAUCCAUUGGCGAAGAGUGGAAAGAAUUGAUCAGAUCGGGUUUAGAUGAGUCUGAGGCAUGCUCUGCAGAAAAUUGCGGUGCCACUCCUGCUAAUUCGAGUUCGGAACUCGCUUCACGAAGUGACGAUAUUUUGCGUAUCAUUCAAGAAACUUUAGCCAAUGCGGCUAAUAGUCCGGGCUUCAAGAACGUCCCGAUAUACAAAGCAUCCUGUCACAAGUCUCCAAAUCGCCAGAAGCAACAAUACCAAACACCGAAUGGUGAUUUGCCUUCCAUUUCCAGUGGAAGGGUACACUGUGAGGCGGCCAUGAUGGCUUUCAUGUUGGACAACAAUCUCCAUGUUGCGGAGGAACGCCGUAUGAAGAGUCAGUUGCCCGAUUCUAUCAUGGCGACGAAACCUCCAUGUCCUGUCUGUGUGGUGGUAGUGAUAGAAAUGAGAGGAACGAUUAUCGGCGCUCAAUACAGUCACUCCACGUUGUCUCCCGUCAAAUUGUCUGUUUGUCUUCCUCUAGAGAUCAUCCAGAGGUUGUUGACUCGGUUCAGAUACUAUCUCAGCAUCGAGCUCGAAGUCAUGUUGAAGAAUGACAGACAUAGGGACACCGUUUCUGGGUGGUCCAAGGCCCGAUAG